AUGGCAGCUACAGGGUUUGACGAAGCUCCGGUUUACUACAGCGAUUCUCUGGGAGCUCCAAUCAACGGGGAUGACGGGUUAAACUUGUUGAACAUUCAGAGGUUAUUCAAAGACUUUAUACGGGAGUACCAUGACGUGAACAAUAUUUAUCAUUACAGGGAUGAUUUGAAGAGGCAGUACAUUCUGGGGAAGUACGAGUUAACAGUUUCCUUAUCAGAUCUCUCUAGCUUUAACGAGGUGUUGGCGGACAAGCUCAUCAAAUCUCCUACCACAUAUCUACCUCUGUUCGAAACAGCUGCGAAGGAAGUUGCUGACGAACUAACACGACCUCGCCCGGAGGAAGAGGAAGAGGUACAAGAUAUGCACGUGUUACUGACCAGCCCCCAGUCCCCCGUCAAUAUACGGGAUCUGAAGUCUGAUCACAUGUCCAGAUUAGUCCGAGUACCUGGGAUCAUUAUCAACGCUAGCGGUGUGCGAGCCAAGGCGACCAGCUUGACUCUACAGUGUCGCUCGUGCAGAGACUACAAGAGUGAUAUCCCUAUCAGGCCAGGGUUGGAGGGGUUCGCUAUGCCUAGGAAGUGUUCCGCAUCAACAGCAGGACAACAACCCUGUCCUCUAGAUCCCUACUACAUAGUACCUGACAAGUGCAAAUGCGUCGACUACCAGACGUUGAAACUACAAGAAGCGCCAGACAGCAUUCCAACAGGUGACAUGCCCCGUCACAUCCAACUAUACGUAGACAGAGCUCUAGUGGACAAGAUGGUUCCCGGUAACCGAGUUCAGGUGGUAGGAAUCUACUCUAUCAAGAAGAUGUCAGACAAGGGGUCCAAGAAAGACAAAAUAACUGCCGGAAUCAGGAGGCCGUAUAUCAGGGUGGUUGGGUUAGAGGUAGAUACAUCAGGACCAGGCAGAUCUCUCAACAAGUUCACUCCCGAGGAGGAGGACCACUUCAAGAAGUUAGCUGAAAGAGAGGAUGUGUACGAGCUGAUAGCCCGUAACAUAGCUCCCUCUAUAUUUGGUAGCGAGGAUAUCAAGAAGAGCAUCGCUUGUCUGCUAUUCGGGGGGAGUCGGAAGAGACUGCCUGAUGGUCUUACUAGACGAGGUGAUAUAAACCUGCUGCUGUUGGGAGAUCCAGGAACUGCUAAAUCCCAACUCCUCAAGUUCGUAGAGAAGUGUUCUCCUAUUGGGGUGUACACCUCCGGCAAGGGGUCCAGUGCUGCAGGUCUGACUGCAAGUGUAAUAAAAGACCCGACCACCCGCUGUUUCGUGAUGGAGGGAGGAGCUAUGGUGCUGGCUGAUGGAGGUGUGGUCUGUAUUGAUGAGUUCGAUAAAAUGAGAGAAGAUGAUCGGGUUGCUAUACACGAGGCAAUGGAACAACAGACUAUCUCCAUAGCUAAAGCGGGCAUCACCACAACUCUCAACACCCGGUGCAGUGUCUUCGCUGCUGCUAACAGCGUCUUCGGAAGAUGGGACGAUACAAAAGGCGAGGAGAAUAUUGACUUUAUGCCGACCAUCCUCAGCAGAUUCGACAUGAUCUACAUAGUGAAGGACGAGCACAACGAGUCACGUGACACGACAAUAGCUCGUCACGUGAUGAAGAUCCAUCUGAACCGGGAGCAGGCCGCUGUGGAGGGAGAGAUGAGCAUUGAAAUGCUGAAAAAGUACAUCGCGUACACGCGCGCCAAGUGCGGCCCGAGGUUGUCAGACAAGACAGCAGCAAAGUUAGGACACAAGUACGUGAUGAUGAGAACUUCUGCUCGGGAGCACGAGCAUGAGAGCAACAAGAGACUGAGCAUUCCCAUCACUGUCAGACAGUUGGAGUCGAUAGUGCGGAUUUCUGAGGCUCUGGCCAAGAUGCGACUUGAAGCAUUCACCACUGACAGUGACGUUGAAGAGAGCUUGAGACUUUUCCAGGUAUCGACGAUGGAGUCAGCCAUGUCAGGUUCCCUGUCCGGUGUUGAGGGUCUCACUGCUCUGGAGGAUCAGGAGGAGGUGAGGAAAGUGGAGAGACAACUCAAACAGAGGUUCCCUAUCGGCUCUCAGGUAUCAGAGGCUAGGAUUAUUCAAGAUUUCACGAAGCAGCGUUACAGUGAGCGAUCAGUAAGAAACGUUCUUAACAUAAUGAUCAGGAGAGGGGAGUUGCAGCACAGGAUGCAGAGGAAAGUCGUGCUCAGGGUGAAGUAGAGUGAAAGUGAAAUCUGGGUGAAAGUGAAACAGUGAUUUCAGGGUGAAAUGGACUGGUUCUUAUAGUAAUACUGAAGUUAUGAGAUUGAAUGAACAAUUUUUAACCUUGCAAGCAUGAGUCAGACAAUCGAACUAAUUUCCUUGACUUACGACUAGAUUGCUAGUUUUCAUUGCACUCUUUUUAAUGUAAUUUCUUUUUAACGAUUUUUACUAUGGCUGCUAGUCAACAGUUGUGAAUUUCAGUUUCAAAAUAUUUAUAAUACAUUGUAUUUGAAUUUAUUCAAUAUUUUAUCAUUUAUUGAACUAAAAAA